UCAAUCUUCAUUAUCUAAUAUCCCUUCACCCCCAAAUUUGAGUCUGACAAACAACCAUGAAACGAACUCGAUCUCAAAUCAAAUCCAACCCCACACCCAUCACAAAUCCACAACCCCCAAUCAAAACCUUAAUCUCUUCAAAAAUCACCUUCCCCGCCAAAAAAAUCCUUAAACCCACCAUCAAAACCAAAGAAGAAGUGAAAAAACCACACUUUCCCCUUCUCACACCAAUAAUCCAAAAACCAUUAACAUCACAAAACGAAAUCACCGCCGCACUCAACCACCUCCGCGCUGCUGACCCACUCCUUUCCACCAUCAUCAACACCUUCCCUCCACCCCAAUUCUCAAACUCAAACGCUAUCACACCUUUCUUCUCUCUCAUCAAAACCCUAAUCUCCCAACAACUCUCCAUCAAAGCAUCCUCUUCAAUCGAACAACGCUUCAUCUCGCUCUUCACCAACCAAUGUUCCAUCCUCCCAAACACCGUUUUAUCCGUUACACCGGACACUCUUCGUUCCGUUGGAAUCUCGGCGCGAAAAGCAACCUACAUUCACGACCUAGCAACCAAGUACGCUGAUGGGUUUUUAUCGGAUUCAUCGAUUGUUGAAAUGGACGAUGAAAUGCUUUACGAGAAACUAAUGUCGGUUAAGGGAAUUGGACCGUGGUCGGUUCAUAUGUUUAUGAUAUUUACGCUUCAUCGUCCUGAUGUUUUGCCUGUUGGUGAUCUUGUUGUGAGAAGAGGUGUUGAGAAAUUGUAUGGUCUUAAGGUUUUGCCUUCUCCUGAAAAAAUGGAGGGUUUGUGUGAGAAAUGGAAGCCUUAUAGGUCUGUUGGGUCUUGGUAUAUGUAUAGGUUUGUUGAAGCUAAAGGGGUUUUACCAAAUCCCACCACUACUACUACAUAGAUUGGGAUUCAGUGACUUUGGUGGCGGAGAAAUCAUUGUGACUUUGGUGCAUUUUCGUGUAUUUCAUGAAUGAGAACGAUGAAAGAGAAAUGAUAAAUAAGACGAGAGGGAGAUAGUGCAAUAUAGGAGAGAGAUAGACACAAGUAAUUUUUCUUUAAAGGUAGCGGAUCUGGGUCCACUACGACACUAUGCUAACGAAUCUGUUAGUAAGUUAAGUUGUAUUUGUGUGUAACUUGUGUUUCAAGUUCUAACCUUUGUUAUCCAGUUUUUUUUUAAACUUUUUUGUGUUGCUUCUCUUAGUCUUUGAAGAUGUGACUGAUUUGUAUUAGGAUUAAUUAAUGUUUUGUAUUUCAAGUUUGGUGAAAAAUGAAAAUCAAUUUGGAUGGUUGUGUUUGUUUUAGAAAGAAAAACUUGCGGUGGAAGAUGUCAAGGCAUUUUUUGUAAGGGAUGUUUGGUUUGGAUGGAUAAUAUCAAACUUUUGGAGGGCAUUCAUGAAUUUUUAACGAGCUUAAUUUCUUAGUCAUGUUUGGAUUAAAUGUGAGUUUGAUGUUGUUGAAAUUUUGAACUGUACACCCUCUAGUUUAAGCAAAAAUUUACUUUUUAGGUUCAUCGAAUAACUCAUGUACAUGACACUAUUUUACCAGAUACAUCAGUUGUUGUUUAAUGAUCCUAAAAGGUUGUAUUUUGCUUAUAAUAGUGACUAGAGAGUGUAGUAUUUGUCAAAAUCAUAGUAGCACUAUGAUUAUGCAGUUGCUUAUCCAAAAAUGCGCUUACAUGUUGUGUGAAGAUAUUUGUUCAAUUCAUGUGUUGGUUCAGUUGGGUACGUGUAAGAGGAUUCUCUCUGGUUUUACAAAUUUGCAAACUGAGGAUAAAUUGGGCCAUGUUUCCCGAGGUAGGCCGCCUUCUCUCAGGCCAGCAGUCUUCUACUUCUAGUCGACUGCUCUAUGACGGGCUUCCCUGUAUCCUGGGCUCUGCUUGCUCGUCUACGCUCCGACCCAGCAAGUAAGAAUUGAAAAUCUUUCCUUCUCCCUUACGGUCGAGAACUACGUACCUUGCCUGCAUUAAGAUUUAAAACUUGUCGUCAAAAAGGCAAUCAAUCAGAAUCAAGAAAA